UCUUUCUUUGUUUCGGUGACGAACAUUUACAAGCUCACCGUAAUUGGAGAUCAGACACCGAUACAAUGCCAAAGGUUGAGUUCAUAUAUUGUACACCACUAUCUUUUAAGAGUAUCCUAUUUUCAUAUGUGGCUUGAUUUGAUUUGAACGUCAGACUCAUACUAUCUUAACCUUCAUCUUACACAUGAACAUUUUCUUAAUAUUUAGUUGGACGAUCACAUUAGCCGCCUCCUGAUUGUGGCAGUGAUCAUGUUCAUCUUCUCAAGUCAGCACUCUCAAACCUACCCUGGCCUUCUCCUUUCAAGCAACAGCAGGACAUGUCUCAUGUUCUGGUCUAACGGGCUUCGAUGCUGCUUGGAUCACUCCCUCCAUUAAUGGGUGUGUCGUCUUUAUUAUUGAGAGCUGAUGCAAUGAUCGAUGUCCUUAAGAUUGUGAUUGCAAGUUGAUGAAACAAUGGACUCUCACAACAGCAAUUAGCCCUGUGCCCUUUUGACUAUUUUUCCCGUCGACGGAAGCGACCUCUGAACGUCGCAUGCAUGCAUGAACUCAAUUGCUGUGGCAUUGGAGAGCUGCUAUUUAGAUUCAACCGAUUGCUUGAUGUUGAUCCAGGAGAACAGGGUGUAUAAAUGGCCGACUUCAAGUGCAAGGAAUAGUUGAGCAUUGGAGCAAGGAAGCAUGGGAAGAUCUCCAUGCUGCGAUGGGAAUGAUCUCAAGAAGGGUUCCUGGACCUCUGAGGAGGACCAAAAGCUCAUCCAGUUCAUCCAGAACCAUGGCCAUGGAAGCUGGAAAACCCUCCCCAAACUAGCUGGACUCAAUAGAUGUUGCAAGAGCUGCAGGCUUCGAUGGACUAACUACUUACGACCAGAUAUCAAGAGAGGAAAGUUGUCCCCAGAAGAAGAGAACACCAUUCUUCAUCUCCAUUCCAUCCAUGGCAACAGGUGGUCGACUAUCGCCGCGCACCUCCCGGGCCGCACUGACAAUGACAUAAAGAACUUUUGGAACUCCCUGAAGAAGAAGAAGAAGCCGAUCUGUACGAGCACCGAUCCGAUGACCAACCGGACGAGCACAGAACUCUUUGCCAGCCUGCUACCACAUUUAGCUCUCGCAAGUCACAAAGAAAUCAUGGAAAGAUCAUCGUGGGACGACUAUGGAGGUCAUCUACAGGCAGAGGCUAUUAAGCUGGCUAAGCUACAGUUCCUGGAUUACCUUCUCCAGUCUGCAACACCAGUAGUAACUAGCGGUAGCAGCAAUAGCAUCAUCAUCUCCGAAAUGGAACCCAUGGAAUUGGCAAACACACCCAUGCCUUGGCCCGCUUCUCUCCCUUCUCCUUGCCCUUCACCGCUAUUUGGCUCCCCAGCUCUCCACCAGAACUUGCCUGGAACGUCACGCAGUUUCGAGCACCCGCUGAUCAAUGACAGGAAGGGAGAAGACAUGAUGACAUCCAUGGUUUCUUCACCAACUCUCCCCUCUCUUCACGAUGCCUCAUGGGGCAAUGAAGCUGUCUGUAGCACUUGUAGUCACGGUGUAGCUCCUUCAAUUUGGCCUGAUGAUCCUCUCUACGACUGAGUUGAGUUGAUCUCUUUGUCGCUUCCCUUUCCG